AGGCCGGCGUGUGGGGAGCUGAUUCGGCUUCCAGUGAGGACAUGUUAGAGGCAGGAAUUCAGAAGGAGGGCUCACGCAGGAACUCAUCAGGGCGAGUAGGAGGAAGACUUGUAGGUUAGUGAGGAUUAGAUCAUUGUGUUAUGGAGGCUACGGACAACAGUAUGACCGUUAUGGAGGAUGUGGAUGCUGUAGUUGAUAUGGACAGUGUGGCAACCUCAGAGACAGCAAACGACAGUCCAUACUGUGAGGACAAUGCAAACGGAAUGGAAACUGACGAAAAAGAGGAUGUUACUGGUGGUGUAGUUAUCGGAAAAUUUACCCACCCUACGAAUGAAGCUGUCGCUGACAGUGUGGACAAUGCGAGGGACGAUGUAGAAAGUGCUGACAUCUUCAGAACUGGGGACAGUGCAUACAGUGCUGAUCUCAUAGACAGUAGGAAUAUGGAAAUUGAUGACCUUGUGGGUGGUAUGGAUCAUAGUGCCAAGGAAGACAGUAAUGACUGCGAGAGUGACAGUGAAAGCACCAAUGAGGGGACUUGCCUGGAGGCCAUGACGCCGUACGGGCAGGACUAUUACCUGAGGCUGGGCGGCACCCCUAGACAGCGCUCAGCCCUGCGCCUCUCACGCAUCAUUGCCCGCCAGCAGCUGCUACGGAGGUUGUCACAAGAGAUUGAGGCCAAGGAGGCUUGUGAUUGGCUUAGAGCAGCAGGAUUUCCACAGUACGCCCAGCUCUAUGAAGAUUCCCUGUUUCCAAUUGAUAUUUCCUCAGUGAAAAGGGACCACGACUUUUUGGACCGGGAUCUGGUGGAGCCUCUAUGUCGACGUCUAAAUACUCUGAACAAGUGUGCCUCCAUGAAACUGGAUGUCAGCCACCCCAAGAAGAAAGGUGAUGACUCUGAUGAAGAUGACCCGCUGGCUAUCAGUAAAAGGUGGACAUUCGAGUGGAGCAGCCGACGUUGGUCUCGCCUACAAGACUUCCUAUUGGACGGCACCAAUGAAAGCAGCCCGACAGGUCAGGGCGGGGUUCUGCACAGCACAGUGAGCAGUGAGAGUGUGCUGACUGACCUAAGCGAGCAGGAGAUCACAGAAGUCUCCUCUUUGCACAGUGAGGACUCGGCCUCCGCCAUGCCUGACUCUAUAUCUAUGGCAUCUCUCUCCGCUUCCUACCAAUCACCCAGGGAACUCCCACACUACAACUCCCUGCCAAUCAAGAGCAGCUGCCAUGGGCAAGGAGGGCGGAGUAAAGCCAAAGAGUUCUUGCGUCGCAUGGAAUUAAUGCGCACUUGGGGGCCCUCGACGAGGCGGAAAAGCUCAAAUCGCAGGCCAGCGCUGGUAAUAAGUGGGCCGGUGUUACAGGGGGAGGAGCCUCACGCUCUGCAGAUGCUCCAGUGUACUCCCAUUAGCCAAUUAGAACACAGUCCUAAACACAACCACCAAACUGAUGGUGACACUUCCCGUGUUUCCAUUAUAAAUAAUAAUAAAGACCAAUCCACGGUGAGUAUGAGUCCCAGCAGUGAAACAGUAGUGCCCAGAGUGAAGGAGCCCGUGUGUACAAAACCCCGCAUUGCUAGCAAGAGAAGCAGCAUGUAUCUGGAAGAUAUGGAGCUGCCUUCUCAGGGUAAGAGGACUGAAGGGCAAAGCCAGUUUGGCAGAAACCAGUUUCACUCGUAUGAAAACCUCCUUGUUCAUAUCCCCAAAGACCAUAAACCAGGCACCUUUCCAAAAGCUCUAUCCAUAGAGAGCCUGGCACCUUCCCCCGGUGACAGGAACAAUGGCCCCCAAACAGGGGCCCAAACUUCUCCACCCAACAAUGGCCUAGGUGAGCCUUGGUCUGAUAAACCUCUGUCCAAGCCCCCCUGUCCUGGAGCACCUCGAGGGAGCAGGGUGAGUGUUUAUGACAACGUGCCUGGCUCCCACCUUUACGCCAGCACAGGAGACCUGCUGGACUUAGAGAAAGAGGACAAUCUGUUCCCUCACCUAGAUGACAUCAUCCAGCACGUCAGCGGUUUGCAGCAAAUAGUGGACCACUGGAGCCGCAGUGUGCUGCCCGAGACUGAAACAGGGGAGGUGGAGGAGGAGAGGGAGGGUAGGACUACACCCAGUGAAGGCGAGAGAGAUGGAGUCUCCUUAAACGACACUGAUUCAACAGGGACCAGUCGGGAGAGGCGGGACUCUGGCGUUGGGGCCUCACUGACAAGACCACGUCUUCGGUGGCCCAGUUUCCGAACUUCUGAUCAUCUCAACCAGCCGGCAUCUUCACUGCAGAUCGGGAGCCAAUCAGCGGGCCAGCUCAGCCUGCUGCAGAAGUUCUCUUUGCUUCGCCUCACCGCCAUCAUGGAGAAAUACUCAAUGUCCAAUAAACAUGGCUGGACAUGGUCUGUGCCCAAGUUUAUGAAGCGCAUGAAGGUGCCAGACUACAAAGAGAAGAGUGUGUUUGGUGUUCCCCUCAUCAUCCAUGUCCAGCGCUGUGGUUUUCCGCUCCCUCUGUGUUUACAGCAGGCCCUCAGCCACCUCCGAACACACUGUCUGGACCAGGUGGGAUUGUUCCGCAAGUCCGGCGUGAAGUCUCGUAUUCAGGCUCUGAGGCAGCAGUGUGAGCUGUCCCCUGACUCUGUAAACUACGAGGACCAGUCAGCUUACGACGUGGCCGACAUGGUCAAACAGUUCUUCAGAGACUUGCCAGAGCCUCUGCUAACAAGCAAGCUGGGGGAAACCUUCCUGCAUAUUUACCAGUAUGUCCCAAAGGAGCAGAGGUUGCAGGCCGUCAGGGCGGCCAUUUUGUUGAUGCCAGAUGAAAACAGGGAGGUUCUGCAGACAUUGCUCUACUUCCUACGCGAUGUCACUUCCUUGGUGGAGGAGAACCAGAUGACGCCGAUGAACCUGGCUGUUUGUCUGGGGCCUUCGCUCUUCCAUCUCAGCAUACUGAAGAACGAGACGCUGUCGCCAAGGUCAAUCCAAAGAAAGUACACUACGGGCCGCCCCGAUCAGAAAGACCUGAGUGAGAACCUGGCCGCCACCCAGGGCCUGGCACACAUGAUCACUGAGUGCCAGCAUCUCUUUCAGAUCCCAGAGGAGAUGGUGACCCAGUCUCGCAACUCCUACAUGGAGGCUGAGCUGAUGGUGCCCCCGCUGGACGAACUGUGCAAGGCUCACGAGGAAGUGGAUGAGGACGAGGAAGUGGAUGAGGAGGAAGAAGGAUCCUAUCAUGCACACCUAGAAAGGCUGAUCCAGAGCCUGCUGGAAGAGGCCAAAGAUAAGAGCAAAGGCUGGGUGUCUCGCUCAACUGCUGACCAUACAGAACUGGCAUUUAAAAAGGUGGGAGAUGGUAACCCUCUAAGGCGGUGGCGAGUGUGUGUUGAGGUAUCAGCAACUCCCAGUGAGGUGCUGCAGCGGCUGCUGAGAGAGCGCCCUCUGUGGCAGACUGAGCUACAGCAGGAGAAGGUUCUGGAGACGCUGGAUAAACAGACAGACGUGUACCAGUACUCCUGCCGCAACAUGGCACCUCAACCCAGCUGCGACUUUGUGGUACUAAGAUCAUGGCGUACAGACCUGUGUAAAGGCUCCUGUGCUCUCGUGUGUGUGUCUGUCGAACAUGACGACAGCCCACGCAUGGGAUCAGUGAGGGGGGUGGUGCUGGAGUCACAGUACCUCCUCGAGCCCUGUGGGACCGGGAGGACCAGGCUCACACAUAUCUCUAGAGUGGACCUUAGGGGAAGAUCUCAAGAAUGGUACAACAAGGCAUUUGGUCACCUGUGUGUUAAUGAAGCCCAGAUGAUCCGCUCCUCUUUUCAGUCACUAGAUCAGACGAGCACUGAGGCAAAGAUCUGAAACCCAGAAAUCAAGUUUUGGGUCACACUGCCAGAGCAGUUUUACCUGAGAACCAGUGACCCAGACCACAAUCAGUGACCCAGGAGGGGAAUCAUCCAGGCAGUGGACUUUGAUGUCUUUUCACGCUGCUGAGCCACACUGAGCUUUACUGUACCAUACUGAGUUACAGACAGUCACACACAGAGGAGGGGAGAGUGUCUUAUGUCGUGUAUUCCAGUAAUUCUUCAAUACUUAUUUAUCUCAUAAAUGAUGAUUUUCAAAGCCCCUUUUUGCACCACGGAACAAAUGUUGCUUUCCAAUUCCAAACAUAAAAUAACUUUCUUUGAGCCAUCAAUGUUUCAUAUACUUGUCUCGUAACGAUGUGCAUUAUUAGAACAAUGAGGUUGCAUAGACAUAGAGUAUUUUCUGUAUUUAUUCUUCCAAAUUCUCAUCUACUAAUCCAAAAUAUUGCAAACAAGAUGACCUAAUAAGACAGCCAGCACCAGCAUGUGUAAUCAUGAUAUGAUUUCCAUAGUGUUAAGGUUAAUGUUUAAUCUGCAACACCGUAAUUUGAUAUCACUUUUAAACUAUAGUUAUUGUAAUAGAGUAUCUACCUGAAGCAUACACAUUAAAGAUUGUGUCAUAUGUACAAUCAAUAAUGACAUAAUAGUUACAUAUACUUAAGGUGGAAUACCCGUAUUUCUAUUGAUCAUUUUGAGAAAUCUAUCUGAACUCCAUAUCUUUAAAAUAUCACAUGGGCGGCCAGUGGAAUAUACAUGACUGAAACAAUCUUUGUCUCAGUAUGUAUUAUUGAACAGACCUGCUUUUACUUAAACAACACUGGCAAAACCCGAUAUUGACAUCUUAUUUCUUGUUAUAGCCGUCCAUCUAUAAACUAAUGCAAACUGGAUCUCAGUGAUCUACAUCAGCUUUUUUACCCCUCUUACAAAGCUGUUAACGUAUCACGUACAUAUGCACAUUUUUUAAAAAGGCACUUAAUUGUGGUUUCUACAGGUGCUUUGAAAACAGUCCCUGUCAAUGGGAAUGACCGGGACUGGUACAAUAUUGGGUACAUGUCAGCAUUACAUUGUGAAAAGUGCACUAGUUUAGGAAAAACAAAUACAUAAGGGAUGUGGAUCACAGCAAGGGAAAACACUCAUCGGGUCCAUAAAUGUGCUUUAACCCUGUUAUGGAUACAUUGUGUCGGAUAUCACUGUUGAUUUAGUUCUCUGUCACUAUGUUCAGUGUUAAUCUUAUCUAAAUGUUAUUUUAAAGUUAUUAUUAUCAUUAUAUCAAUAUCACCGUUGCUUUUUUUUGCUGUCAUGUUAUACAAUGUCUAAGACAUGUGAUCAUUUCACUGCUUCUGAGAAGCAUGUUUGAAAUUGUGUGUGUGUGUGUGUGUGUGUGAGAGAGUGCAUGAGUGCAUGGAUGUGCCAGUUUAUCUGCGUUUUAGAUAGACGUACAGCCUGUGUUGUAAAUAUAUAUGACGCUUUCUGUGCCAGCAGAUCAAACAUCAUAGCUUGUCAGGGUCUUCCUAUCAUAUUGAUAUGCUGAAAUGUGAACUUUCUGUACACCAUCCUGCUAAAGCAAAGCAGACUAUAGCUUGCUCUGCCAACGGCGCUGCCUUGGCUUUUUUUGUUUAAUCUGUAGGCAGUAUUGCUAUGGUGUUGCUAUGAUACAAUAUCUCUACAGUGCCAGCAAAAUUCUGCGUGGAUGCUGUUGGCUGGGGAACAGUGUGUCAUGUGUGUAAAUAUGUGUGUAUGAGAGAGGCGAAAAGGCAGACAAGGUGUGAGUGAGUGACUCUGACGUGAGCCCUCGGCUGUGUGGGGUGAGGCUCCAAACCUAGCUGAGUACCUGAGACCUGGGUGAUUUCUUCUUGGCUAUUUCUGACAAAGUGACAGAAAACAGAACCAUUGUUUUGAAACAAGACAAUAAAAAUAUCUAAUAACUCAA